AUGUUCUCUUCCAAUCGCGUCUUCGCGUUUCUUGCUCUCUUUUUUACCUUCGCUAGCCUUUUUGCCGUCGUUCGAGCUGCCCCCGUCAGUGACCCUGCCCCCGCAUUCAAUCUUGUCGCUCGCGAUGACGGGUUGGUAUCAGGAGUCGUCUCUCCUCGUGGUGUCGUCACCUGUGCCGCCUUAGGCUGCAAUGAGAAGGACAUAUUGAAACUCCUCACCAAGCUCCACAUCGAUCUCAAGAUUCUUAUUGGCAAACUUGACGGACAUGCCAAUCCCUGGCCCAUCGUCACCGACAUAUGCGCUGUUAUCACCGCCACGAUCGAGCUCCUUGCCGCCAUAGCAGUCAAUAUUUCCGUACCGGGCGAGCUCAUCGCGGAAAUCGUCGCAAUCCUCGUCGAAAUCAUCAUUUCCCUCGCGACCUGCGUGACGCUCUAUGGACCACUCGUUACCAUCGCCAUUGCAAUUAAAAUCGAUGUUGUGCUCCUUGCCCUCGUCAGCUCUUGCUGCGGUUUGAUUCCCACUUUACUGGUCGAGCUCACCGCUGCGUUGGUGGUUCACCUCGAGUUACUGCAAACCGUGAGAUUCGUCCUCACGUGUCUCACGCUCCACCUGAAACUCUGA